CGUGGCGAGUUAAGGGGCUAUGACGUCCACCAGGUAGUUAGAAUUACACACAAAGUGGGCAGAUAAAGAAUGGCUUCAAAAUAAAAUAUGAAAUGUAAAUUACUGUUGAUCAAUAAAAAUAUCUAUUUUUUACGAGUUUAAUUUGAUUAUAUUUAGAUCCGAAAAAGUCAGUGAGAAUCAGGGGGAUGAAUGUUGUCAGGACAGAGAAAACAAGCCAGGACCCAGGAAAAGGGAGCUCCGGCUAGUUAACGUUUGCAACAUGCUAAUCACAUCUUUAGGUUCGCUAUAACCAAAGGUUACGAGCUCCAUUGGUGCUGAGCUUCGUCUCCAUUAACCUCAUUUCACUCGUUGUAUGUGAUCUCCCGGUAACGUAAUGGGUCCUACUGGGUUAUUCUAUAGAUUUACAAAGAUACAUUUGAGGUGAUAUCUACACCUAGACUAACGUGUUGAUGAGGCGUAUAACUUCCUGAUAUCAAGCACAUGGCAUGUCACAUCGUUUUGCUUUGUAUUAAGUACAUUUCUGAGUCUGGCAACAUUUAAUAAAUAUAUUUGCUGAGCUGUGCUGCCUUUCAGGGGAGGUCAUUCAAUCUAUGCAGCCCUAUGAAGGCAGCAGGACAGGUUUGACCCCAACCACAAGAGGGCGACAUUCCCAAGCCACAAACUCUUAGCCCGGAGCAAUAGUCUUUCUUUUCUUUUUCUUUUUUUUUUACUAGUCAGUGACGAUCAGACGCGAUUAUGAUAAACAUCAUUCGAUUAACCUAGUUCAAAUCGCAGUCUUAAUACGAAUAAAAAAAGAUGUUAUGCAGAUCAUAUUUUAGACAUCAACUUUGAAAUGUCAGCCUGUAAAAAAAAUCCAUUUAAUUAUGGGCAUACAAGUAAGAGAGAGGGAUCCCUAAAAAUCACAUGGAAUUGUAUUAAUAUUUCUAAAUAAUUUUUUUGGAAAGCCUGGAAUUACAAGGUUUUUGGUAAGUAAUUAGUGUCAUAACAUGAGUUAAAAAAUUGUCUGAAUACAUGUUGUUUGUAUACAGGUGUUUAUUCAUGCAAGUAAAUGGGACUGAAACACAUUAGAAUAUUGACACACCUAAAAUAAUAUUUGCAUUGUGACCCAGGCUACAUCUAUACUCAUACACAAUCUCGUUUUCGCUCCGCUUCAGUAAUAACCCACGUCACCAUACGUACAUGCAACACCUGAACACCUGUGACCCAUUGCAGUGCCAGUGCAAACACAAAGCCGCUGGUUGCUUAGUUACAGAUCACACAAAAAACAAAAGACAGCAAUGGUGGCAAGUAAGACAAAGGAUUUCUUUAAUGGGCCAAUGACGAGGUAGUUUCGUUAUUUUUAAUACCUAAACCAUGUGAUGUAGGAGCAUGCAGAAAUUCAGAAAGAGCCGGAGCAGGACAAAUUGAAUCUGAAUUCCGCCCAGCAACAGCGUCAUCCUUUUUUCGCGGUCCGCCAUAUUCGCGCCCCAGUAUGGAAAGAGUCACAGUCGACAAAGGAGAAGGAUGGAGACUGCUUCGUUGCUGCUGUCAAACUCCAUGGAAGGGAGACAUGGGCAGGAGGAAUCUGUGAAAGUCCUUGCAACUAUUUUCAAGAAUGGAAAUGAAUUGAAAAGAAAAAGCCAAAGCACAACAGAGCUUUUGGAAAAAACAAGUGAAUUGGGAUUGGUCCUUGACCGGAUUUUAAAAUUUAACACUGAUUUCCAAGAGUUUACUGAUGUUGAAAGUAGUGUGCAGAUUAGUAACCUUGACAGAUUCCAAGUGCACUUUUCAGAAGCACCUCAUCUUCAAACUGUCCCAAGAGAAGUCUGUCAAACUCAGCCUACACAGGUGCCUGAUCUACAGGCUGGUCUGAGGCCUCUGCUUGAAAUGAAAGUUCCAGAAAUAUUUGAUGAACUCCAAACUAAGGGCAUUGUUACAGAGAAGACCAGGCUGAAACUUGUUAAAGUUUGCAUCUCAGACUUGGUGGAAAAGCAUGGAUUUUAUCCCUCCACUACUGAAAAGGUGGUUCUUGCAAAGAACAUCAUUACCAUCUUCCCGUCCCUAAAAGUCCAAAUUGAUGGCAGAGGAGAAGGCUUUGAGCAUUUCUUUGAUCCAGCAUCACGCUCUGGGUUUUUGGAGAUGAGACUUCGCAAUAUCCACCGGAAGUUAGAGGAAGGUCAGCGCCGUUACAGUAGACACAAGAGGAGCCGAGAUGUUAAUGAGAUGUCAAAUUCUGUGCAGGAUGAAGGGGACAGCAGUGACGUCAGAGAGUUCAUCAACCUGAUGAAAAGGCUGAGGCCUUCUGCAGAAAACAUUUCCUCAAUCAAAUCAGCGAUGCAGAAAACCUUCACCUGGCGCAGAUCGUGGAUAUCCAAACAUUCACCCACUAUGGAGGAAAUCUUGCAAGAGUAUCCACGCUUCUUGGAUAUACCAACACUGCUUGAUACAGAGUUUGGUAAAAUGCAUGAAGGAAAGGGGGACCUGUUCCUAAGGCGGUGGGAGGCCAGCAUCAUGCCAAAGCUGAAAGCUGUUGCUGCCAGCGAGAAGGGUGAUGUUGCAUCUCUUGUUGAAGGGAUGGAAGACCAGAGUGAUGAUGAGAAUUGCUACAUGAUGUUGGUCGUCCUUACUCAUCUCCUUCCACCAAUUGCAGCAAGCCGCUGUAGCGUCAAGUCUGCGAUUAAGCGACUUGUUGAUUUUGUACCGGUAUGUUUGUUCGGAAUCUUGAGUUAAUGUUGAUAAUCCUCGACAGGGUGUCUGCAGGUCCUUAAAAUGUCUUGAAUUAAAUUUUAUGAAUAUUAGGCCUUAAAAGUCAUUGAAUAGUCCACAUUUCUGAUGUGACAAAUCGUUAAACUUAUUUAAGGAGAGUAAUACACACAUUAUGUUGAUCAUUUUUGCACCUGUUGUCAGUGUUGGGCUUGCUGUGUUUCUUAAGCAGCUUAUCAUAGAUCACCAUAUGCUUCACAAGAAGUUGUUUUGCCGAAAUCUAAUUCCGAAGCACCAUUUUAUGGUACAUUAUCCAAGAAUGCUUUGUUUGUUUGGACCUCUUUCUCAGUUGUGGUGUAUGAGAUUUGAGGCAAAGCAUAAUCCAAUGAAAAGGCAAGCACAUGUGGUAUGCAAUUUCCAAAAUAUUGCCAAAACUCUUGCUUAUAAACAUCAGGUUCAACAAAUGUACAAUUUCAAGCUUGGUGACCCGUUUUGUAAAAAAUACAAUGUCGACAAUGCCUUUCCUGUGAACAUUGGUGCUUAAAAGAAAGCUGUUGUUAUACUUGAGGGACUAAAGUCAGCCCUACACACAAAUUUCACAAUGAGUAGCAUUAUUUAUGUUACACAUUCGCUGACUGUAAAUGGCCAGACAUACAGGACUGGAUCUGUGCUGCCACUCAAGACUCAGCAUCAAGGGGAGCACUUAUUUGGAGAGAUCAUUCAUGUUAUACCCCAGGGUGAGGCAUUCCUCUUUCUUAUUAGAGUACUUGAAGUUAAGUACUUUAAUGAGCAUUUCUAUGCAUAUGUUGUGCAAAAGACUAAAGACUUUGAAAUGAUCAAUUUAGAUGAUGUUGCAGAUGUUAGACCUCUUGGCAUAAUGUCAAAUUUCAGCACUGACGAACUCUAUCUCAAUCCGAGGUAUAAGAUUUUGUAGGUGUGCAUCUGUCGAUGGUUAUUGAUGUCAUGUUCAGAAUUCAAUAACAUGAAUUUUUGUACUUGUGUUAUAUAUAUUGUAUUACAAAUAGAUUUAUUGCAUGUGAAGUUUUGAAAAAAAUUGCUUUUUAAAAGGGUUUAAUAUGAAAUCUUAAAUAAAUGACUAAUGAAUGUA